CCUAAGUUUCGAUGCACUGUCCCAGUGGAUUUGGGACUGCGAUGGAGGAGCAGUUCAUCCUCCGCGUGCCGCCAUCCGUCGCAGAGCGGAUCGAGCGCCUCAUGAAUGAAUCCGCCGCCUCCUCCUCCAACCCCCACGAGGCCUCCCUCGACCUCUCCUUCUCAGAGGAUGGAAGAAAUGACACAUUUAUGAUCGGUAAUGAGAGCUUUCCUGCAUCUCUCUUGGAUCUACCUGCUGUGGUGGAGUCAUACAAAAUAUAUGAUGCUUCUGCUAUUAAAACUGCUGAUGUUGGUCAGAUGAUUAUGGUAAGAGAAGAAAAUGAUCCUGCUCCAGAAGGAGUUGAGUACAAGCAUGGGCUUACUCCUCCAAUGAGGGAUGCACGCAGGCGACGUUUCCGCAGAGAACCAGACUUGAACGCAGAGCUGGUUAACCAAGUUGAGAAGCAUCUUAUCAGUAUCAUGCAUGGAGUAUCUGUCAGUAUCCUUUUAUUUUCUUCUCUUGCCACUUGCUAAAUGGUAGCAUGUGUU